AUCGAGUGAUGAGCCCCUGUUCAAAAAUAAGUUGGAAACUGCGGAUUUCGAUAUGAUCCUGAACGACGAGAGCUUCAUAAUCAACGAAAUCGACGAUCUUCUGAUGGAGCAGACGUCUCCAGAGGUGGAUGACAAGACAAACGAGUUGUGUCAAUGCAGGAAUAAGGGAAAACACAAAGUUUCCAUUGAGAGUCGGCCGUUCUGGGGGCGGAAUCGUUACAUAGAAAGACUUAUCGACCAGUCGCGUAGGUUUUCUUAUCAGUAUACAAACAAAAUAACUCAAAUAAACUGGCAAUUCAAAAAACUCUCCCCUAACUUAAAGCUCACACAGUUGGGGACCUCGAAGUGCCAGCGGUUAAUGCGAUGCUCCACAAUUUUCGUACUCCUCGGGAAUAACAACGAAUAAGACCAUUAACUCCAACGUUGAUCGUUGAAAAACCGGUUUUCGUUGCUUCGUGCGGCUGAUCAGGGCAUUUUAGAUAUAAUUUUUUACGGCUGUGCAUUUUAUUGGAGAAUGUGAGGGCAAACGUGGCAGUAAAUGUGAGGAUUUUAAUACUCCGGUGAAGUCUCGAAUCAUCAGGGCUCUGAGGUUAUGGCUGAUGAGUAGUUCACCAGUUGUAAUUAAUCAAUCAAUCGAGUUGAGUGUGAAUAAACGAUUCAAUGGCACUUGAUUCAAUGCGAGUUAGUGGAGGACGAUGUCCCACUAGUGUUGUUGCUGUUCUUCUGUUGAUCUGUUUUCUGUUGACGUGCAAUUGGUGGAGCCUCUCAACCGAGAAAACAGAAUUGCUACUGCAGAUUGAUCAGUUGCAUGCAGAGAUCAAAAUUAGCCUGGAAGAGCGUGAAAAAUGUGAGACAUCAGUAGCCAACUUGGAGCUUCGGUUUAAACAGUCCCAGGACACAAUAGCCUCAUUACACGUUAGAGAGAAUGAAUUGAGAAAGAGUAACGAUGAGCUCACCAACUCGGGAGCGUUCUGCAACAGCGAGCUGGAGUCUGUGAGACAGUUGGGCUCGACGAAGGAUGCUGCAUUGGCAGCAUUGAGACUUGACAAGGACACUAUUGAUGAGCAAUUGAAUGUUAAAAGAGAAGAGGCACAAAAACUUCACGCUGAUUUAGACAAAAUUAAAAUUGAACUGAAUAAUCUCAAUAGAACGUGCAGUAGUAAAGCAGCACACAUUGCACAAGACCCAGAACCGCUGGCAAAUAAUUUGGACUCCCUCGUGGACGACAAUAAUGCUGACACAGCUGGUGAAAUUGACGACGAUCCAGCAGUUGUUGUAGAGCCCUCGAAACAUCAAAGUCUAUCCCAAGUUAAUCAGGACUCCGUCUACAAUCACAUUGUAAAGAACUCGAUGGUAACUCAAAAAUCCAGUAAACAAUGAGCCGUACGUAUGAAUUAACGAAUUGUGUAAAUUAAUGAGAACAAUUUUAUUUGUUCAUUCUACAUUGUUCUAAAAAUAUACCUUGUUUCAACAAUGAUAUGAAAUAAAUACGUGGUGAAUUUUU